GCCCUCAUUAUUCCAUGUCUAUGCCGUUUCGCGAUCAACUUCGCCAGAGGCUUUGUAUAUGGAAGUGAAUGGAGUAAGAGUAUAGUAUGUUAAGAUUAUUUGGCGGCUAUAAUUCAGCUUCGUGAGUACCUAAUCAAAACUGCCGCCUCGCCAUUCAAUAUAACGAAAUCAGCCCUCCAUACAGAAAUAAAAACGUAAAUCAAGACCAGAAUAAGUAUGGAAAUGUUCUUAUCUCUAAACUAAUUCUUAUUUCUACCUACGGUCCUAACUGGCCGCGAUCUCGGACCUCCAAUCGGAACUAGACCGUCCUACUGAGGGGCAGGCCGCCGCCGGUGCUAUUAUACAGAUAAGCAAGCGCGUAUACCUCGAUCGCAAACCUACCAACUCCCAUACGUAGCUCGUGAUAAUUGUAAUAUCCAAGUCUACCUAGGUAACCACCAUGGCGCAACCCUCGUACGUAAUCGUCGGCGCCGGCGUCUUCGGCACCUCCACAGCCCUACACCUAAUUACCAAGUUCCCAGACGCCUCCGUGACGCUGGUCGACCGCAACGGGCCCGCGGAACCGAGCCGCGUGGCCGCCUCCUGGGACUGGAACAAGGUGGUCCGCGCCGACUACCGCGACGCGACGUACUGCGCGCUCGCGCUCGCGGCGCAGGACGUCUGGCGCCAAGACCCGCUGUGGGCGCCCUUCUUCCGCCAGAGCGGCAUCUUCUGGAUCAGUCCGACCGCGUUUGCGAGCGAGGUCGUGGGGAAUUACAAGAAGUUGGGGAGAGAUACGGGGGGGUUGGCGGAGGUCCCGGUUGAAGAGGCGAAGAAAGAGUUUGGAGGGUUGUUCCGCGAGGCGGAGUAUGAGGGCGUGAGGAGGGUGCUGGUUAAUACGACCAGCGGGUGGGCGGAUGCGAAGGGGGCGCUGAGACGCGUUACGGAGCGCGCGGUGGAACUUGGGGUUAGGUUUGUGACGGGUGAGGUUGAGGGGUUGGUGUUUGAGGGGGAGAAGGGGGAGGGGGCGUGUGUUGGGGUGAAGAUGCGGGAUGGGGAGAGGAUUGAGGCGACGCAUACGAUUUUAUCGACGGGUGCGUACACGCCGAAGCUUUUGGACGGCGUGGCGGCGGCGACGGGGAGGGAUGAGUUCUUGGUCGGGGAGAGGAUGUUGGCGGCUGGGGUGACGACCGGGUUGGCGCAGCUGGAUGAUGAGACGGCGAAGGAGUUUGCGGGGAUGCCGGUUUGUAUUCAGGAGAAUCCUCCGCAUAGGGGCGCGGAUAACGGGAGCUUGCCUCUCACCGCGGACAACAAGCUAAAGUGGUGGGGGCAGACUAUAUUCAGGAAUACCCAGACCAUGCCCUCGGGCCGCCAGAUCUCGGCGCCGCCGGCUCCUUCGGAUUACGCGCAGUGGAAGGUCCCGGAUACUCUUAUCGAGGAUAUCAGACUGGCAAAUCAAUUCACCUUUGGGAAGCGCGGGGAGGCUUGGGAGAUCAAGGAGCAUCGUAUUUGCUGGGACGCGUGGGCCCCGAGCGGUGACUUCAUCAUAUCGCCGCACUCGGCCGCGAAGGGGCUCUACGUCGCGACGGCCGGGUCGUUCCACGGCUUCAAGUUCUUCCCUAUCAUCGGCUCUUACGUCGUGCAGAUGUUGGAGGGCACGCUUGAGCCGGACCUAGCGAAGAGGUGGGCUUGGGAUAGGGAGAUCCCGGAUGUGUCGAAGAAGACCUUCUGGCCGUGGACGGAGUUGAAAGAUCUGAUGUGAUACUAUACGUACGAGUCCGCAAGUUUAUGAUACAAAAUUGGGAGUUGGGUGUUGGUCUUGGUUUUAGUCUCGCUUUGCGAAUACGCUUUUGAACUGGCUUGACCUUCGAAAUAAAUAGCGAGUCAAUGAUAAUAACAGCAGGCAGAUUCUACCGCGCUUCUGUACGAGGAAGGGAAUCUUUUAUCACUAAAACAAUUAAAGUAAAGCAGAGCUCUGCUAAAGUUUUGGUGAGCGGGUAGAACUCCUGAGUGAUCAUCAAAUGCCACCCGCACAAACGUCUGCGAGAUGAUUUCAGUAUUUA